UUCGAUAGGGCGGGAUUUGGUGACGUCACAUAACAUGUAUUGGAAACAAACGUGCGAGGACGGAUAAGAAGAAUGAGUGAAAUUUUUAAUUGAGUUUUAACUGUUUCAAGUUUUAAAAUAAUGUAAUUUUUAGUGAUAAGAGACAUUUUUAAAUAUUCUUUCAGUACGUACAUUUAAUUUCACAAAAUAAGGAAUUUAAACAAAAGAAAAGUGACUGUAAAAUUAUUGGACACAGUUUUCGCGUAUAUACAGGUGAAUUAGUGUUUACCUGGACCCUCGAAACGUUUGAUCAAGGGAUCUUAGUGUUUACAGAAGGAAUAUACAUUUUUGUUGGGACGCUACUGUUUUAUCGUCGGCAUAGGGAAUUUCAGAUGUGAAUUAAUCCAGUCGUAGAUUGGAUUAAAUGUUUUAAACAUGAUAAAUUAUAGUAAAACUUGUAGUCUUUGAUGUUAGCCGCCGGUCAGGUGUAUAUUGUGCACCUCUGUAAAAGAAAGGGAGAAAAAUAUGGGAGAUUUACGUAAGGAGUGUGGAUUAAGGAGGAAGGGGCCAUCAGUAACAAGAAAAAAAUAUUUACCCUGCGUUAUAUUACUUUUGCAGUUUUUCUUUAAAUUUGCCCAGGGACAAGGACCUGGAAAUUUUCAGGUUUAUGAAAAUAAAGCGCCUGGGACAGAAGUUGGAUUUAUUUCUGUGGAAUCAUCAUAUACAUAUAGCAUUAAUGAAGGCUCAAUCGCAAAAGAUUAUUUUGAUUUAGAUUCAAACAGUGGCAGAAUAACAACAAAAGAUAUUAUCGAUAGAGAGGAAUUAAAUUUACAAGAAAAUAAAUUUAGUUUUUUAAUCCUAGGUCAUAGUACUGAUGGAACAAAUACUAAUGUACCAAUUGAGGUUUCAAUAGAAAUAUUAGAUGAAAACGACAACGGACCAGUUUUUCCAACUGAAUCAGCAACAGUUCAUUUUCGAGAAAAUGCUAAAAUGGAGACACAAGGUUUACUGGUAACAGCUACUGACGCAGAUGAUGGUAUAAAUUCAUUAGUUAAUCAGUAUGAAAUAAUAAACGGCAAUGGUCCUUUCAAAUUAGUUUUCAACCCAGACAUAUAUGGCGAUGUUUUGAUCAUCGAAACAACUGGAGAUUUAGAUAGAGAAAAGACCAGUUUGUAUACAUUAACUAUACAAGCGAAGGACUCUGGAGUUCCACAGAGAACUGGUACAACAUCUGUCAGGAUAGUAAUUGAUGAUGAAAAUGACAAUGCACCAGUUUUUGAUCCAAGCGAACGUUUUGCACAAGUCAAUGAAACAGAUGAAAGUGGAACAUUUGUUAUUCAGCUAAUUGCAUUAGAUCUUGAUAUUGGAGUAAAUCAGGAAAUUACUUACAGCAUUGCAGACGAAAAUAAUGGUAACUCCCAGUUUCGCAUAGAUAAUGUCACAGGGCAGAUUUAUACCACUCAGCAACCACUGUCUUGCCCUAAAGGCCAGUGCCUUCUUAUAAUAGAAGCCAGUGAUUUAGGUGUGCCAUCUUUCAGCACUCGUGCAUUUGUAUAUAUCACGGUAAUCGAUACCAACAAUCAUGACCCAGUCAUCAGUUUUAGGUAUGUUCCAAAAGGAAAUGACUUUUCUAGCAUAAAAGAAGAUGAUAUGGAUGGUCACAUCGUGGCAGGAGUGUCUGUAACAGAUGCAGAUGAUGGAGCCAACCCAACUGCUAGAAUAAUUGCUGGAAACGAGUUACAGCAUUUCAGACUCGAACAGUUCAGCACAGGAAUAUAUUUUGUAAAAGUCAACGGAGACAGCGUUUUAGAUAGAGAACGUCACCAUAUGUAUAAUCUUACUGUUGAAGCAAGUGACAAUAGUAAUCCUCCAAGGUUAUCCACUAAAGCACUGAUAAUAUUUGUUAAUGACAUCAAUGACCAUUCACCACAAUUUAAAGACAAAAAAGUUACGGUUUCAAUAAGUGAGAUGACUGAAGUUGGUACUUUUAUACAAAGCAUGUUAGCAACUGAUCUUGACAGUGGAAUAAAUGCCAAGCUGACUUAUGAUAUACUUUCGGGAAACGAUCCACAGUGGUUUUAUAUCAAUAAAGAUACAGGUCUUGUGACUACUAAGUCAAAAUUACAUUAUGAACAACAAAAUUACUUUCGCAUGAAUAUUUCUGUUCAUGAUGGGGCCUCUCCACCAUUGUAUGAUUAUGCUGAACUUCAAAUUUCAAUAUGGGACGAAAAUGAUAUGGCGCCAGAAUUUUCACAAACUGUCUUCAAUGCUAGUCUUGAGGAAAAUCUAGCUAAAGUGUCACCUGUUGUGUCAGCUUCUGCUAUUGACAAUGAUUCUGGACAGAAUGGGACAAUUAUUUAUGAAUUUCAUCCACAUGUUGAACUGAUGUACCCAAAAACAUUUCAUAUUGAUCCUGACACAGGGGAAGUUACUACACGAAAGUUAUUAGAUAGGGAAGAAAUUCCAAACUAUACAAUAAAAAUUAUUGCAAAAGAUAAAGCCCCUGCUCCAUUUACCCUUACUUCAACUGCAACAGUUUAUCUUAAAGUACUGGAUGUAAAUGACAAUUCUCCAGUUUUUUAUCCAGAAACAUAUUUUGCAAGAGUUUUUGAAGGUCAAGCAAGUGGUAUUGAAGUUGUCAAGGUCACUGCAACUGAUCUGGAUGAAGGAAUAAAUGCAGAAAUAAGCUAUGCCUUUAGCAGUAGUGAUUUUGGAAAAUUUACAAUUGAUCCAAUAACAGGGACCAUAAGAACAAAAGCUGUCCUUCAGAAAAACCCUCAAAGCAGUUUCCGACUUGAUGUUGUUGCAAAGGACAAGACAGGCCAAAGAUCAGGAACAGCAACUGUUCAAGUCACUGUCCAAUCACCAACUGAUUCUCAACCAUACUUUACCAGUAACUCAUAUAAGUUUAAUCUAAUAGAAGAUUCAGGGACCGAUUCUCCAACAUACAUAGGUGUGCAAGUUGGUCGAGUGACUGCAAAAGCAGAUUCUUCAGCAUCUAGUAUCAGUUACAGCAUUGUUCACGGAGAUCCUUUAAAUAUCUUUUCAAUAGAACCAUCAACAGGAUGGAUUAAAAGAAGCAAAGGAGUAGACAGAGAAAUAUUCCCAGUGUUUAAUCUGAAAGUGAUUGCUAAAGUUGGCGAGAAAUUUGCAGAGACUGAAGUUGUUUUGACUGUGAAGGACACAAAUGAUAACCCACCAGUAUUUGAAUUCCCAUAUCGAGAAAUAGAAGUAGUUGAAAAUUGGGCUGUAGGUCAUUAUAUUGCAUUGAUAAGUGCCACAGAUGCUGACGAGGAAGGUCCUAACUCAAAGUUAUCAUACUCGUUACAAAGAAAUCAAAACAACAUGUUCGGAAUAGAAUCUGAUACUGGAGUUCUAACUUUGAAUAAGCCUGUAAAAUAUCUUGGUGUUGAUCAUGUGACAUUGCUUGUACUAGCAAGUGAUGCAGGAAGUCCUCAGUUUACUGCAAAUCAAGAACUACGCCUCAAGAUAAAGGAUGUGAAUAAUCAUACACCAAAAUUCUCACAUACCACAUAUGAAAUGUCCCUGAUAGAAUCUCAUCCAGUGAACAGUCGAUUUUUUCAUGUUAUUGCUGUAGAUAAUGACCUUGGUGACAAUGGAAGGCUGACUUACAAUAUCACUCGUGGAAAUGAAGAUAAAAAAUUUGGAAUAUUUCCUGAUGGACAUUUAUAUAUUGCGAAAGAGCUUGACAGGGAGACGAAAGACUUGUACAAGUUGAGUGUUGUUGCACGUGAUCAUGGUGCACAACAGAGAAGUUCUGAGUGCAACAUCACCGUACAUAUUUCUGACUAUAAUGACAACAAGCCCAUCUUUCUAAAUGCAACUUAUACUUUCUACAUUUUGGAAAACAAGAAUAUUGGUUCAUUUGUUGGCCAUGUAAGAGCUUCUGAUGAUGAUAUGGGUCGAAAUGCUGAAGUUUAUUAUUCCUUCAAAGAUGCACAAAAUGACUUUCAUAUGGACCCACAAAGUGGUGAAAUUACGUCACUGAAGAUGUUUGAUAGAGAAGAACUUGCAGAGAGCAACUACGUUAUUGUAUUCGAUGUAGUGGUGAAAGAUAAUGGACUUAACCGAUUAGAAGAUAUCACUACUGUACGUGUUACAGUUCAAGAUGAAAAUGAUAACCCACCAAUAUUCAGGCGACCAGUCUACAAAGUUACUAAGUUUGAGAACGAGGCAAGAUUUUCUAAUAUAACUGUGGUAAAGGCUGACGAUGCAGAUGCAGGAAUUAAUAGCAUUGUGACAUACAAUAUCAUAGCUGGGAACAAAGAUGGACAUUUUGUUAUUUCUCCAACUACAGGGCAGAUAACUCUUGACAAACAGCUUGAUAGGGAAACAUUGGACUUCUACGAAUUGACAAUAUUAGCCACUGAUUCUGGUGAAACUGUAAGGCAUAAUGCAACCUGUAAAGUACAGAUUUCUGUCAGUGAUAUUAAUGAUAAUUUCCCACUAUUUGCCCAGUCACAAAUGGACAUUAGUGUCUCUGAGGAUGUAGAACCUGGUAGUGAAGUUGCCUACUUCCCAGCAACUGACGUAGAUAUCGGCGUAAAUGCAGAAAUCACAUAUCAUUUGUCCGGAAAGGAUAAUGACGGAAUGUUUGGAAUAGAUCGUCACACUGGAAAGGUGUACCUUCUGAAAAAACCCGACUUUGAGACCAAGAGAAGCUACAAACUGAAUGUUACUGCCACAGAUAAAGGCAUCCCAGCUUUGACAUAUUACAUUAGAUUUAGUAUAACAAUUGAUGAUGUCAAUGAUAAUGCACCCGUUUUCCAGAAUCAGCCAUACGUUAUUACAAUUCAGGAAAACUCAAGCGGUUCUGUUACACAGAUACAAGCAACUGAUUCUGAUUCUGGUAAAAAUGGUGAAGUUCAGUACCAUAUCGCGUAUCAGGAUCCACCUGGAGAAAAUUUUAAGAUUGUGAAAAAUUCUGGACAGAUUUAUAUUGAUAAGCCAAUUGAUCGUGAAGUGACAAGUUUAUAUAAGCUUACAGUUGUUGCCACUGACCAAGCUGAGGAGGUUAGCAGACGACUCAAAACGGAAACCGUUGUAACAAUUAACAUCCAGGAUGUCAAUGAUAAUGAUCCUAUUGUAACUUCAUUUAAUGCUAUAGCUGUGCCACUUUCAACUCCAAGAAACGAAUAUAUCACCACCAUUAAAGUUAAAGACAAAGACAGUGGAAAUAAUGGCCGAUUUUCAGUGCAGUUGUCGCAAUCUGGAACAAAUGCAUUCAGUUUAGACAGUAACUCUGGACGCCUUCUGCUAACCAACAGUUUACCAAACACGCCUGUAAAAUAUUCUGUUACUGUACAAGCUAACGAUUAUGGCACACCUAGUCAAAGAACAACCCAAGCUGCUAUUACCAUCAUUGUAGCAAAUAGUGAUAAUGGUCCUGUGUUUGAAUUAGCCCCAUAUAGUGGAACUGUUGUAGAAAACAGUGUUCCUGGCAAAAGUAUUUUACGUGUAAAAGCUACUUCGCGUCAAAAUUCACCAGUGGAAUAUUAUGUGACCAAUAUUACUCAUUCAAAUACACAAAUCGAAGUUGAUAGGUACUUUUCUGUGGAUAAAACAUCGGGAGUUUUAUCAACUGUUGGAUCUCUCGACAGGGAAGUUGUUGGCGAUUCAUUUGAAGUGGAGAUUUAUGCAGUGGAGACAAUUGGAUCAAUGCCAAGGACCACAGUUACUGUUGCACAUAUAGAGUUACAAGAUGUUAACGAUACUCCACCAAGAUUUUCCCAGAAUUACUACACGGUCGAUGUGGACGAGAACGUUCAACCUGAUUUUGUUGUGACGAGAGUUGCAGUCUACGAUGACGAUUCUCUUGGCGGCCUUCAGUUGACGUUAAACGUCGGCUCUGAUGUGAACCUGAAAAUAAACCAAGAUG